AUGCUGCUGAUGCGGCUGAUGCUGCUGAUGCUGAUGCUGGGCCUGUGGCUGCCCAGCGUCCGCGCGGCCGCCCCGCCGCCGUCCGAGCCGCGCGCCGCGCUGCCGGGCGUGGAGCAGCUGCUCGAGGAGUUCGGGCGGCAGCUGCGGCAGGACGAGCCGGAGCCGGAGCCGGAGUCGCAGCCGGAACCGGAGCCGCAGGGAGGCUGCCCCGGCCCGCGCGGCGAAAGCCGCGGCGGCUACAGCGUCCUGCACGACACCAUCAUCCGCACCCGGGACUCCCUGGCGGCCGGCGCCAGCUUCCUGCGCGCGCCGGCGGCCGUGCGCGACGGGGCCGAGCCGCGCUGCUCCGUGGCCGUGGUGGAGCGGCCCGCGCGGCCCCUGCCCGCCGCGGGCGCGCUCGGCUGCUACCUGUUCAACUGCACCGCGCGCGGCCGCAGCGUCUGCAGGUUCGCCGCGCACCGCGGCUACAGCAGCUACAGCCUCCGCCGGGCCCCGCGCGGCCGACCCGCGCCCCCGCCGGGUAAGCGCGCCCCGCUCCCCACCCUCAUCCCCACCUCGGAGCGCACCCUCGGGCCCCUCGGCGUCUAG